AGCCAAAGCAAUGAUACUUAUUAUCUAAAUGGAAUAUUAGAAGGAAGAAAAAGUACGCGAAAAAGGUCUCCACAUAUGGAAAAGUUUUGAUUGCUAGUGGCUGCCAUUGUUGUUGACUGGUUUUUGAGAGUAGCAGAGUGUGUAUCGUAUCGUUGGACGUUUGUCUAGGGUGCGAGUGUAUUUGUGGAUUGCUUUGUAUUUCUUAUAUAUAUCGAACAUGUAUGUUCCUGUCUAUGUGGAGGUUUAUGUAUGCUUUUGGUAAUAUUGUUUGUAGAAUAAAAUUAUAAAUGUCAAAUAAUCGCGUAAAUUUUGCUUAAGUAAAUAGCAGAUAAAAUAUGCAAUUUUUAAAAUUUAAUAUUACGGAACAUCAUCAAUCAACAAUCAACAAAUCAAAAACAUCAACGACCAACAAAAGUACCAUUAUAACUUUGAUGGUUCUUUUUUGGCCAAUUCAUUGACAUAAGUAAACAAAGUGUAGCAACAAAUUUUCUCUUCACACACACACACACACACACACACACACACGCAUACAUAACAACAACAGCAACAGCGGCCGCCAGCACUAAAAUUUACAUACGACCAAUAGGAUUAGAUUAAUUUAAAUUUUACCGAUGGAUAGUAAUCAACUGAAGAAUCAGAUUGAACAGGUUGCCAAUUUAUCGAUAAACAGUGAUGAUGGCAAUGAUAAAAACAGAACUGGUAAAAUUAUUACAUGUACAUAUUGUGCGCUCACAUUUCGGACCCGGGCCGAUCUACGGCAACAUUGUCAGACGGAGACGCAUCAGACUGUUAUCAUGUCCGAUGAAGGGCGUGAUUGGAAAUGCAGAGCACCCCCCAGAGGGUACGCCGCAGACACGUAUACCCUAUGUGAAAACUUCAUGGAUAAUGCAUCCUGUCACUAUGGAAAUCAAUGCGUAGAAGCACAUGGUAAUGAAGAACUGCAUGAGUGGCAGGAGCGUUUCGAAUAUCGAAAAAUGCGAAUGCAACGGGCUUGCGAGAAAGAACUAUUCGGCAAAAGUUUUACAGAACAACUCCUGGAAAAAUGGGUGUCGGCAUCCACUCCUGAUAGAAUAAUGAAAGAAAAAAUCGAUGGUGUAGAGGAAACCGUUUCAAAUGACCUAGUGACAACAGUAUCGUCGAAGGUGUCGAAACGUGAAUGGACAUUCGUUCUGAAAACGAAACGUAUGCUGAAAGCAGUUGCCCUUCUACAGGAUGCUCAUCGUAACCACUUCAUGUUGAAGCAAGUGUUUCCAGCCGAACCUCGACCAGCGAAACGUGGACAGUCGUAUGGGAAUAAGGUAGUCGAGGCGGAACUUUUAAGUGACCAAGAAUGGGUUGCGCCAAAUGUAGACGAACGAUAUUCAGAAACACCAAAUGAAAGAAGUCCAGUCCUGGAGCAUAGGGUCAAAGUAGUCUUUUCAACCGAUAUAUACGGAACGUUUCGUCAAUCAGUAGUCUUUGACUUUUGCACUGAGCCCGUAUUAGUGAAGCAUUUUUGCGUUGAUGUGAUACCGGUAACCGAUGCGGAUAAAAUCCAAGGAAUUAAAAAAGAAAUGGUCGUUUCUGCAUCGCAACGAUGGGACGAAACAAAUGUCCAAAUCGUUUCGUAUACAAUACCAUCAGUUGCACACCAACAACCGACCGCCUCAGCAAAAUUAGACGAAGAACGUGAAAAAGAACUACUACAAAGAUAUCCGUGUCCGCGAGCAUCAACCUUUACACUAACUCAAUCAACAAUUACUGAAAAACGAAUGACAAAAAAUAACUAUCGGUCGCGAAUGCACGAACUGCUGUAUGUGGAAGAAAUUGCGCGCUACGAUCAAGUCGCCCGAUACAAUCUAACGACAAAAUUACAAAUUACUUCAACGUAUUUACUCUCGCCAAGUGGCAUGGCCACUAGCACAGCCAAGUAUUCGCAUUCGGGCGAACUGUUUGCGCUGCUGGCAUUAGGGAAAGAUGUGUCGGAGGAUACGUCAGCGGGUCGACUGAUUUUGAAUAAUUGCACAAGUGUUUAUAUAUCAGAUGCUGGCCUCGUUUCGAAUGACAAUGAAAAACGAAAAGUCUACGAGGCACUGAUUGAAGACAAAGGCAAAUCAAUGAUCUAUUUGAAGCUCUCGGCGCAAUGUGUUAGCGAUUUGGGCUUGACAGCGAAUACAGACUUCUUAUCCGACAUUCAAUUUCAAUUGAACCGCCUCACAUACUGUGAAUGGCAUCAUGCGAUCGAUAAAAUCGUCGACUAUCGAAUGAUCUUUCCCGAAACUUUUCUAGAACCAAGUAUACCGUGGACACCGAAGAAACAAUGGUCCGAAAACUUAGAUCCCAAACUGAAUUCAAAGCAAAAAGAAGCCGUACUGGCCAUUACUGCAGUUUCAAAUGCUGGACUGCCACCGAUACUGUUGAUUGGUCCAUUUGGCACUGGAAAAACAUUUACAUUGGCUAGCUCGAUACAACAAUUGCUCCUGCAGACCGAUACUCGCAUCCUGAUUUGUACACAUUCAAAUUCUGCAGCCGAUUUAUAUAUCAAAGAUUACCUGCAUCCGUGGGUCGAAGAGGGAAACACAGAAGCAACACCGCUACGUGUAUAUUACCACAAGCGUUGGGUUGCUACUGUUAAUAGCACAGUUUUAAAGUAUUGUCUUGUUGAUCUCAAUGGUUCGGUUCGAGUGUUUCGGCGACCAACUAAGGAGGAUCUAUUGAAGCAUCGAAUCGUUGUAGUGACUUUGAAUAUUUCUAUGGAGUUGGCAUCAUUGGAUUUGCCGAAGGGCCAUUUUACACAUAUUCUGCUCGAUGAAGCCGCACAAGCGAUGGAAUGUGAGGCCAUCAUGCCGUUAGCAUUGGCUGAUGUCAACACACGCAUCGUACUAGCCGGUGAUCACAUGCAAAUGAGCCCAGAGCUAUUCUCUAAUUUUGCCAAGGAGCGUCGAUUGCACAUUUCACUACUGGAACGACUGUAUGACCAUUAUCCAGUUGAUUUUCCGUGCAAAAUUUUGCUAUGUGAAAAUUACCGUGCCCAUGAGGCAAUCAUCAAAUUUACAUCAGAGCUCUUUUAUGACCAAAAGCUGAUCGCAUCUGGUAAGCAGCCACGACAUGAGAAAUUCUUCCCGCUCACAUUUUUCACCACACGAGGUGAAGAUGUACAGGAUAAAAACUCAACGGCAUUCUAUAACAAUUCGGAAGUGUACGAAGUUGUUGAACGUGUACAAGACCUACGGAAACAAUGGCCAGUAUCUUGGGGUAAAAUGAGCGACCAAUCCAUUGGCAUAAUGACACCGUACGCUGAUCAAGUGUUUCGAAUUCGCUCGGAAUUGCGUAAGCGAAAAAUGGGAGGCAUAUCUGUGGAACGUGUUCUAAAUGUGCAAGGCAAACAAUUUCGGGCGAUAUUCUUAUCUACAGUGAGAACACGUCGAACAUUGCCCAGUUCGGGUAAUCUAAACUCAAGUAGUCAAACCGAAGACAUGGACUAUGGAUUUUUGAGUAAUUCAAAAUUGUUGAACACCGCUAUUACUCGAGCGCAAAGUCUUGUGGCUGUUGUUGGAGAUCCGGUGGCCUUGUGCUCAGUUGGACGAUGUAGAAAAGUAUGGGAGCGAUUUAUUGAGAUCUGUAAUCAAAAUAAAAGCUUAUUCGGUAUUACAUGGUCACUUUUGCGAUCUCAAUUGGACGGUGUCGAACUGAAAAAGACGUUCGUAUUGAAUCCUUUAGCGCCCGAAUUUAUUCCACGUGCACUACAAGCUGAAACGUAUCUGAGAGAACAACAAAUGCAUGCACAGCAGCAACAAGUAUACCCUCCACAUGUCCUGCCGCCUGGCAUGUCACACAUUGGUUAUUCUACACAAACAAUGCUUAAUUCACAGCCUCGGGUGGAAAAUGAUCCGUCGAUGCAACACAAUUAUAAGCAUCGAUUUGGUGGAAUGCAAACACAACCCGCUGUACCAUCAAAAGUGACCAACAAACAUCCGCCGUUCUUUUAUCAAAAUCAACACCAUCAAAUGAUACGGAACCAAGCAAUGCCGCAGCCGGCACUCAACUAUACGGCCAAUAAUCAACCGAAUUUCUGGGCACCACCCUUCAACAGUAACCAGAAUAUGUGGCCAAAGCCAAACCAUGCAAUUCGAACGGAAAAUACCAAUUUCCCUCGUGCACCACAACCGCAGCCGCCACAACCACAGCAGCAACCAUUAAACUUGAACAUGUCAUUGAUUACACGGCAACAAGCCACUAGUGGAUCACAACAUUUGCAUCAUAACUCGAUUCCAUACAUGCAAGGUAGUAAGCAACAAUCUCCUGGAAUAUACGGCGCAAACGUUCAAAAUCAUAUGCGAAAUAUCAAUACUAUGUCGAAUCCAUCGCAAUUGGCCACGCAAACUCCUCAACCGCAUGGUCAACAAGAAAUGAGUGUGUCGCCUUUGACUAGUGAUAUUAUGGCAUCAAUAACGCAGCGUGCUAACCAAUUACAUCAACAGAAUUUAUACAAAACCUCUCCCAUGCAACCUCUUCACCCUCCACAGCAGGUGCCGGCUAACAACAAAUUCCCCUUUUUCAUGGACAGCAAAAAUCAUCAUGCAAUAGACCCUCAGCAAAUGUUACAACACUCCCAGCCCAUGCCAAAUAUGAACCAACAUCAUUUAGCUGCCCCAAAGUCACAACACGUAACAUUGAUGAAUCAGAAUCAGCAAAAAAUGCUUCCAGUACACCAACAACAGCUCCAGACACCAAACAUUCCAGACUUCUCAAACCUAUUGCCAUCCAAUAUGAGCUUUUACGACAUGGCUGCAGAAUCAAAGGAUAAUCAAUUCAAAUGGUUCGUGAAAUUAAGUGAAACGCAAGGACUGGAGGCAGCAAAUAAAUAUGCCGAAAUUUUGAGUCAAAUUCCGUUGCACUUGGAAUCAGUUAUGUCGAAGCCGCCAAUAGCAUUGAAUACACCAUCAAUACAGAAUGUAGACCUUUUGUUCGAGAAUCUUGUGAAUGGACCGGCACCAACGUUAGGAAGUUUGCUCGCCAAAAAAGACCAUCCGCCGAAUGACACACCAUUUUUAGGAGGACACUUGCCAUCACUUUCGAAUCGAAAUGGUGGCGAUCAUUCGUCUAUUGCGAGUCUAAAUGAUCUAAUUAGCGCACGGCAAAAUGAUUUGGGAAUGCAAGCAAAAAAUUCUAUACAAAAUACGCCUGUACCACAACAGCCAAACUUCCAGCAUCAACAUCAACAGCAACAACAGCAACAACAGCAGCAACAGCAGCAACAACAACAACAGCAACAGUCUAUCCCUCUGUAUCAACGUCAAGCAGGUGCCAGUUUCAAUGUACAAUCUAACAAUAUGCAAAUGCCAAUGAUGACACCUGGAAAUGAUAUCAACGAUCAUAAUCUGUUUGAGAAUUUAUUCAAUCACAAUGGUAGCCUCGGUCAAAGUCAUAUUUCAAAUGAUUUGCAUGGAAAUACACAACAUUUUCAAGGCUUACCACAACUCCCAGCUCAUCAAACAUUUGUCAACCCUGUAAAGUCGCUAUCCAAUUCGGUGAACAUGACACAAAAUAUGCACUCAAAUUCAAACCAAAAUAUCAUUUCGAUUAACCAUUUGGCACAUUCGCAAAAUGCGAAUGACCAGUGUAAACGGAAUGAAGAUGAACACAAUGCCCGGCCAACUAAUUCAACUACAACCUAUGCCAGUGUGUUGUCACAAGGCGCUUCAAACCAACAAUCAAAUCAAAAUCAUUCACACAACAAACAACAACAACAGAAAAACGAAGAGAAAGAUCCAUUUGCAGCGAUACGAGAACUGGGCCAACGCAGCAAUGGCUUAUAUAAUUAUUUUCAAUAAAACCACAAACAAACGAAAAACCUUUUUCACGGCAAUCUUUAAUAAUCCCCACUAUUGAAAUAAUAGAACUUUAUAAUACAACAAUAUUCAUAAUGUAAAAAGUUGUAACUAUGUUUAGAAGAAAAAAUGAGAAAAAAAUUUAAAAAAAUCCCAAGAAAAUGGCAAAACAAAAAUGAAAAAAUUAAAAAAUGAAAAAAAGUUAUCAAGCAAAACUUAAAAAAUUAUUUUUUAGCUUAACGUAAGAACACACAUAGAGAUGUAGAUAUAGUAAUGCAAAAAAAAUCACCCAUCUAAUUUCAAUCUAGAUUCAGCAUGUAUGUUAACAAAUUUUUAAAAAAAUAAUCAAAUGGAUACUAAUGUUGAUUUUGUACAUGUCUUGCUGGAACUCUUCUAAACUCAUGGUAGAACAUUUGUUCGAUCAGAGCUUGCAAGACCAACAACAUAAAAAAAAUUAGUUCCGAUUUGUAGUUUUUCGGUAAAUCUGUUCUUUUUGAUGUCUUAAACAAAUGGAACAUUUGGAAUAAAUUUGUAUAAAAUUAUUGGUAAAAAAAUAUAAUAAAAAUAAAAGAAUAAAUAAAAAUAUCUUAGUAUAGAAUAAGGAAAAAAGGAAUAACAAA